ACACACACACACACACACACACACACACACACUGUUUUAUGCCUUUGUCAUGUUUAAAAUGUCCCCACAUUUGUUUUAGACGAGGGAAGCGAAAGUUCACGUCAAUUUUUAAACGGAAUAAUUUUGGCUCUAUUUUGUUGCCAUUUUUACGCGCGCUUUGAAAAACUGGCAACAAGUACAGAUGUGUAUGAUAAAUAACUGUUGAGAGUCAAUUACAAAACGCAAAUGGGUCCUCAGAUUACUCAGAUUUACUAAUGAAGUCUGAUUCAAACUUUCUUAAUCAUAUUCAGAUCUCUUCGUGAGGAGAUUGUGAAGAUGCUCUUGAGCUCACAGAGUGGGUCAUUUAUAAAUGAUGUCAUCAGUUGCUUGGGUCCUCUCAAGAUAUAUAUUCUACAUUCCUCCUGAAAGUUAACAUGGCCUCCUGUAAUCUUCCUCAAUCCCUAAUCUGUGCUGCUGCUCGAGCGACCUCAUGCGGUCAUUUAGGGUAAACUAGAAAGUACCAGCAACUGUGCCGACAAGUUUACGGAAGUAUUUCAGUAAAUAGAUUGACUGCAUUUUAAUACUUAAUUUAUAUAUAAAAUGCCCUGUAAUUUUAUAACCGAGUUCCUAUCCAGUCUGGAAAAGUAUGUAAUUUUAUUUUUAUUAUUUUGAAAGAUAGAAAGAUGGAAAAGAUAAUGGAGUUUAGAAAAAAAAAAACAUUUGAAUUUCCAGACGUUAUUCCCCAUAAUAUUCUCUAGAAGUUGCAUUCAUCCAUCCAUAAAGCAUGACCACUGUAGGUAUACCUGCAAUAAAUCCAUAGUGAACCACUGAUUUUCUACAUUAAAAUGGGCACAAAAAAAAAAAAAAAAGACUAGAAACUCUGAACAUUUGAUUCUGGAAAAGUAUUGAAUUCUGACAAGAAGAAUAUGUUGGAACCCUAUAAUAAAAAUAUAAUAAAAUAAUCUUUGCUCUUUAGCGGGAUAUUAAUUUAUUUGUUAAGUUUCCUUUUUUUCAAUCUUAAUGUACAUUGUGGAGCUCUAUUUUGAUUAUUUAGCUUAAAUGUUUGCUUCUACUUAACAAAUUAUGUCUCUUAGAUGUUUAUUUAUUUGCCAAACUGUUGUAAAGUGCAUGUGUGUACUCCACUGCAGAACAAACUUCCCUCCUCUUUACAGCCCUUCCUCCAGUUAUCUAUGGGAAACCACAUUUAAAACGUAGCCCCACCUGAUAUCUCCCAGAGACCAAUCAGCUAGAGAGAGGUCAGAGUGAACAGCACACCCUCAUUUGUUCAAAGCCAAUCAAAGUGGAAGUGUGGCAUUUUGCCUGAGGGUAAAACUUACCCCUGGAUAUGUUAAUUACGCAUCACUUAGCUGUUGCCAAUGUGUUCACAACGGUGGACCUUCUUUUGGGCUUUCUGCAGCGGUUGUCUUCAUUCUUCAGUCAGUUUAGUAUGGAAAGUAGACAACAAUGGCUUACCAGACUGAAAAAUGAACUUAGCAACAGUCCUCUGGUAUCAAAUGUGGCUUUUGGGUUCAUCCUCAUGGGACUAGAGAAGCUCGUGGAGCUGGAGUUUGAAUGUCCUUGCAAUCCUAUGUGGAAUGGAGCAUUUUCAUCAGCAUUCUUCAUCAUUCCUGCUGUCAUGGCCUUUACCUUGAUGCAGAUCGUCCAGGGAUGCAGGUGCAAUGCAUGGUGCAGGAAAACUGUUUCCCUUUCCAGUUUCGUUCCCGCUGUCGUUUGGCUGAUUUUGCUGUUCCUCGAUGGCCAGUACUUUGCCUGUGCUAUGACAGACUGGGAGGGAAGAUUUGUACUCGUUGACAAGGCAGCUCCGCAGAAGUGGUGUGAGCCAAUUAGAGAGGGAGAUGUCACCACACAAGAAUUAAUGCUCCGCUCUCAGCGGCUCUUUGUGUUUUCUCAGGUAAUAGGAAUAAUCCUCCUCAUUUUCAUCUGUGCCGGUCUGGUCGUGUAUGUAAUCAGAGAAAGCUGCCAACAGGAGGUGGAGAUGCAGGAUGCAGAUGUGGCAGAGCUCACCGUGCUCAGGAUGAGCUCAGUACGGACCAGAACAUCAUGAGCUGACUUAUCCUGUCCACCACAGACACUUUGUAAAUACAAGGAAAAGACUUGACAGGAGUUUUGUUUAUUCCAUCAGGAUACUUUGGGGCAUUGAAAAUUCAACAUCAACUUGGUCAUAAUAAUCGUAAGUGCUUCAGCAUUAGGCAACUGUACUUCUUUUCUUUGUUUUUGAAAAAUGCAAAAGAUGAAUUUGGAUAAACAGUGUAUUUAAUGAUCACUGAUGUUACCUCAGGCACUUUUCAAAUGAAUCUUUUGCUUUUUUAUAAAUAUUGAGGAAUGAAUAUACAUAAAUAUUCACUUACUCUUGGUGCUUCUUCGUCUGGGUUCAUCAGUGCAGCAACUUCAUUCUUAAACAAGCUAAGGAGUGAUAUUUUGACAUAUUUGCUGUUUGGGUUUUCUUUGUUUGUUUUUCUUUGGGAUUCUUGUUGUUCUGCUAUAGUUGAGACCAAAUACUGUAUGUUUGAUCAGGUAAAAAAUACAAAUGCAAACCAAAUUCAUCUAAUUUCAGUGUAUUUAUACCUAGUAAACAUCUUUACAUUUUGUCACAAUACAACCACAAAUUUAAUUAUAUUUUUUGUGGAUUUUGUAUGAUAGAACAAGACAAAUUAGUUAAUACUUAUGAAGUAGAGGGAAGAUAAAAUAAUUACAACUAAAGAUCUGAAAAAUGUGCAGCGCAUGUAUUCAGCUGCCCUGAGCUUUUCACAGCUAGAGAUCUCUAGUCUCUUCCCAUCAGCUUUAAACAGCAUCUCAGUCCUCGCUGAAGAAAAGCACCCCAACAGGAUGAAACUUCCGCCUCUGUGUCUCACCAUGGGAAUUGUGUGUUCAAAAGGUUUAAUUUUGGUCACAUCUGACCAUAUGGUCAUGCCUGGGUAGGUUUGUAAUUAUAAAAUACUAUUUCCAUUUUUAGAUGAUUAAUGUUUGACCACUGUUCCGUGAUAUCCAAAAAUUGGGACAUAGUUUUUUUUUUUACAGCUCCCUGUUCCAAACUACCCAACUUUUUCUCUGACUUGUCAGGUGUUAUCCUUCGUCUUCCUGGUGCUUGAUGUUCUCUGACCAACCUCUGAGGUCAGAACAGCUGUUGUUAUACUAAAAUUAAGUUACACAAAGGUGGAUUCUAUUUACUAAUUAGGUGACGCUCAAAGGCAACCGGUUGCACUGCAUUUUAUUUAGGGGUACCACAGAGUUUUAGGGUAAUACAAAUGUAUAUCACACUUCUCUGAUUUGUAUCAUUUUCCUUCCUCUUUUCCUUUAUAACAUAGUUAGUGUUGAUAUAAAGAAGCAAAUAAAUUCUAAAUAAUACAUCAAAAUUUAUGGUGGUAAAGUCAAAUUAUGAGAACCUUGAAGAGGUCCAAAUACCUCUGCAAAACACUAUAAUAAUAAAACCUAGAAAUUGGGGGAAAUGGUUAUAUUUGUUGAAAAAAAUGACCAAUCUGUCUCCUGCUGGUAUCUCCACACCUGCCAACUUACAGACAGCGGGUUUAUUUGUUUUUUUCAGACUACUUGUUGAGCAGAAACAAACGAAGAACAUAUAAUUCAUUUUCAUAAAAUGGCAGAAAUAAUCUCCCAUUUUAGGAAAACAAACAAUUAUUGAUACAAUUUGUUUUGUUAUAUUUGAUAAACAUUUUAUCCAUUUCUUUCAUGUUUCAUCUGUAUUUUGUAAUGAGCUUUUUUGGUUAAUUUGUUAACCAUAUAACUAUAUAUAAGGUGUGUCCACCAGGCAGCUAAUAUUGGUCUGUCUAAUAUUUGUCAUAUUAAUAUUUUUAUAUGCUUAAAAACAAUUAAAAUGUUCCACUGGA